UUUUUAAAAUCUGAGGUCAGGUCAAAAAUCCAUUUUCACAUAAGUUGCAUAAGUUGAUUUGAUUUUGUUAACUUGUAACACUGGCUGGUUGAAGUCAUUUUUAGUAGCUGUUAAGUUUUGUUGUUUGUCAUACAGCAGCUUGUUCUAGUUCCAAUUGUCAUGGUAGGGUCUUGGAUAAUUAUAAUGCAGCAUUUCUGCGAUGAGUCCUGGCCCGAUUGCAUUACAUAAACAUGGAGACACGUGGUUGAGCACGACAAAUCACAAAUGUCUGAACUGAGCAAACACUUGUUUACAGCUUUUCUUGCAUCUGCUGUCACUUCUUCUUUCACAGUGUGACAAAUUGUUUACAAGUACGUCUCAGAAAACGAACAUCAGCAUCAGGAAUAUUAGUGAAAUGAUCAUCUGACUUUGUGGUUUUGGUUGUUCUGUGCUUCCUUUUAUCCAUAUGAAGAAAACAUGAAGGUUCAUGCUACGUUCAUCUGCCAUUACAGUCACUGUAAGAGUUACAAUCAUUUUUCGCUGUCUGCUCAGGGAGCUGAAAAUUAAAUUGCAGUGUUAGCCGAACAGUUACCACAGCGAACUGGGUCAGUCCCGUACGCAAGAGCUCUGCAUUUCAUCCUGAAGAGGAGCGAACCAACCAGAAAGAUGGCUUGUUAGGUUUACAAGAAGCAGAUGAUAAAGUGACAGUCUGGUUCUUCCUGUCAAAUGGUCACCAUGUUCAGUCUGAGGCAAGCAUCUCUACUCUUCAUUCAGCUGUUAAAAAUGCAGAACGUCUUUGAAGUAUCAGCGACUCAGAUGGAAGUACAUAAGUACAUGUCGGUGUCCAGCGGCGACCCGGUCAUGUUUAUUUGCAACAUAUCAGAGAAUGCCACAACUCUAGUCAAGUGGAACUAUGGUAGAUCUUAUUUUGCAUAUUCCACCGCAUUGAAUCGGACGUUCUCAAAUUUUUCCUCUGAAAGAGUCAAAAUAGACUCAAAUAUACCUUCCAAGCUCAGCAUCUUUAAAGCGCAACAUGAUGAUUCUGGACUGUAUACAUGCUCUGUAACUGAUGGAGGAGGCUUUCGAAACAUGGCAUGGAAUUUAGUUGUAUCUAACAAACAAGGUGUUUAUUUCUCAAGGUACACAUUUUUCAUUCUAUCAUUUGGCACUGGAUUGUUUAUAUGUUGCAUCAUGUUAGUCGUCUGCCUCUGCAACAGGAGGAACACGUCCAGAAACCAAACCCAGGACAGAAGAACAUUUACUUCGGUUCAAUACAACAUCCUGAAUGGGGUGAAGGCAGUUCCUUCACCAUUCCACAAUACAGCAAUAUGGAGGAGAACUGACAAGCAGGACCUGGAGGCAUUACUGAUGAGCAGAGGAACAAUGAGCACAUCACACCACUCAGGAAAUGACUGACCUAAAUAUAUGCUGACUGCUUGGUUUGAAGAAUUCAUCAAGAAGAAGAUCCAGUGUAAAAGAUGCAACAUUUUUUAUUCUUGAAACUGGAAGUUCACACAUGCAAUCUGAUGUAACUGUAACAUAAAACCUUUGUUUGUGAGUGAAAUGAUUUAUGAUGUUUCCUCUAAAAGUAUUUUUAUGUUAUAAUAUGUCAUGCAUUCAAUAAUGGGACGGUUCAUGUACCUUUAUGUCGUGAAAUAGCUUUCAAUGCUCCUUCAUAAAAUGCUUAUUUUAAUAUCAAUAAAUUCAGCUCAAACUGA